AUGCGUCGUCUUCCCGCAACCAUCACCACCAAUAUUAUCGGCAAUCAUUCGGAUUCAUCCACUUCAAAUCCAACGACGAAAACUGGCGCCGAUGCGGCCACCACUGAGGUCACCUAUGUGGGAUCACCAGCGCCUCCACAUCAAGCUCAAAAGCGUCUGCUGGCCGUCACGCAAAAUGUUAUCGGUUGUAUUGGUAACUCGAAUUCGAAUGCUUCUGGCAACAGCAGCAACAACAACAACAAUAAUAACCAAGCACUUCAAAAGCAGUUCUUAACUCCGCUAUCAAACAAUAAUAAUAUGAAUAUGGCGACCGGGAUUGAUCAGACAUGGCCAUUAUCCCCGAUCGCUGCAUGUGGACAGACGGGGCAAUCAAGUGGUCAACGACGGGACGAUCGCGAUAGUCCUGUGGUUAGUUUUAGUGUUUUUUGGUCGUUUCAUCCGUCUGAACCAGUUAAUGCGACCUUCAUAUGUAAUUUUCUUCAUGAUCACCUCAAUUGCGUCAUGAUCACAUCAUCUCAGCUUACUAAACUUAUCAUCCAGAUUUGA